CCCCUAACACAGUUGGAACGCGGUCACACUGGUCAGGGGCUCAACUGAACUAAUCUAAACACAAUCUCAGUACAAUAAACAAUCAUUGGAACGGCUCAGAGCAACCGACCGACAUCUCCUGGAUGUGACAGCUCCUUGGAGCGGAAGCAGCAGCAGCACCAGUAGGCAGUGUGAGAGGACGUCAGCAGCUUGGCAGCAACGAAGCAAAAGCAAUAACAAUAAGACUGUAACGAGGUCGCAGGUCGCAGCAAGGGAGGGGGAGCAGGCGCAGGAGCAGGAGCAGGGAGUAGGAGUUGGAGAGAGCCAUGCGCCUUAACAAGUCGGAGCUAAACUCGCUUGCCAGCAAUUCAGCAACCCGAUUCGACAAGGAGGGCCUGCUCAUCUUCAGCGACCGCCAAGAAGGCUUCCUGUGGCGCAGCAGCGAAGUCCGCGUUGAGCGCUGGUGCAAGCUACGUGGCAAUUUACUGUUCUACCUCAAGGACAGGGACCCCAAAUCGGCUGUGGUUGGCGUUCUGGUCCUGGAGAACUGUCGCCCCCGCAUCCAUAAUGAAGAGCGCGAUCCCGAGGGUUAUAUCUUCGAUCUAGACUUUAAGGACAGCAUCUCGGAGCGCUUCAUUACGUACACAUCGGCGGAACGGCUCGCCUGGGUAUCUAGCAUCGAAGAUGCUUCCAACGAGAAGCUAAACCUGCACAUACGCCAGCUAAGGGAACAGAUAGCGGCCAAGACCCGCUGCCAGUCCGUGAGAAUGGGCAAUCAUAUUGAUCUGGGCAUGCCCAUGUCGCUGGAGGAUCAGCAGCCGCAGGAGCAAGAAGAGGUUGAGGUCUCGGCAACGACAGCGGCCCCCUUUGAAGAACUCGAUCUCUCGGAGCUGCCCAUCUGCGAGACGGCCCUCUGCUGUGAUAGCCUGCCAGUGAACGCCCUGGGUCGAUCACCCAAUCCCCAGGUGGUCUGCUCGCUGCUGGUGACGAGUGGCCUUGGGGAUGAGGAGUGCUUCUGGCGGGAGCAUGCCCGCACCGAGUAUCAGGAGCAUACGCGCAGCCCCCAAUUCCUGUGCACAAUGCGCUUUCAGCGCAGCGCCAACUUCUCGGCGGCCACACGUCUCCGCUUUAGCGUGCUGGACGUGCGCGAAAGGCUGACGCACACAGCCCUGCCGCUGGGUCACGCCGAGGUGGCCCUGGGUGCCAUCCAGGACACCACACGUCUGCGCAUGCCGCUUACCUCGCCUCGCGGCGACGAUUGUGGUUUUAUCACGUUGACCUCCUGGUCACCGGACCUGGUGGUCGCCGCUGCCAUGGAGCCCGGCCAGAGUGGUGGCCAUGGUCCACCGCGCUCCAGCACCCAGCUCUUUGAUACGGUCAGUAGUGGGAGCGCCAGCAGCAGAAGAGCCCAUCGUCGCACCCAGUCGCUGCCGCCGAAGCUGAGCGUGCGCCUGUUCGUUCCCCAGCAAUGUGGCCUCCAGAGGGUGUGCUCCAAUCCCCGCAUGCGCACCUACCGGCUGCACUCCUCCCUGGGGGGGGCGGACAUCAGUGUGCAGGAGACGCUGCUGGAGUCGCGGCUGUGCUGUGUGCUGCCCCAGCAGCUGCUCUCCAUUUGGAUUCAGCGGGAGAAGGAGCUGCUGCAGGAGAUCUCCGGCAUGGGGGAGCUGAGCGGCGAGUGGCGCUGGCGCCAGAUGAAUCUGCUCGAGGAGCAUCUGCGCCUGCUCAAGGACUACUCGCAGGCGAAGCAGAAUAUCCAGCAGUUGGCCCGCGACGGUGUCUUCUUCAAGCGCUCCUCGGCCAAGGCGGACGAGGCGCUCGAGUUUCUGCCGGUCAACCUGCAUGUCCAACGGAUGUGGGCCCAAAACGACACGCUGCAGAGGCGGGGCCUGCUCGACGUGAUCACCGUGGGCGCUUUUACGCGUCACGAUCCCAAGGGACAGAAGUGCGGGGGCCUGAUCAAACUCCUGCAGGAGAGCAAAUCCUGGAAGCUGGAGCAGAGCGAGGCCUGCAAGGUGCAGACGGCCAACGAUGCCGUCCAGACCACCAAGCAGCUGCGCAAGGAGAUCGUAGAGCUGAUGUCGCAGCUCCUGCAGCUGGCCAGGCGGCGCAGCGCCAAGGAUAUGAUGCCGCUGUGCAACCAAAUGGUGGCUUUGACACGCACCCUGCUCUCCAUCUGGGAGCCCAGCAUCGUGGAGGAGGGCGUGGCCUUCAUCGAGCGCCAUCGCAUCAUCGAGGAGCCGGAGAACGUGCUGAUGGAGCCCAUGUCGCCCUUCCGCAAAAUCACCCAGCAGCUGACGGCCCUGGAGCUCAAGUCCCCGGAGCUGGAGGACUUUGCCACGCCGGUAAUUGCUCCGCCAGAUCUCUGGCCACGCAACCACCAGCUGGCUUUGAUGCGCUCCAACAGCUGGCACUCUCCGAGCAGCUCCCUGGACAUUCGGGCCAUUGACUCGCUGCAACAUGUGGUGAAGUCCUACAACGACCACCUGCGCAGCUUGGAGCAGGGCGGGGCCAAGCCCGAUGAGGAGGAAUCCACAUAUCAGUCGUUGCCAGUGACGUGGAACACGGACGACACGGACACUUUAGCUGCAGCCAGUGCAGCUCCUCCCUCGCCAGUGCAGCUGGUCGACCUGGACGAAAUAGGUCGGAGUCAGCGCCGGCAGCAACAGCAUCCUCCGGCUGGAUUCUUGGACACCAAACUGAUGAGCUCCUCGCCUUCGGCCAACUACUAUCGGCCGACGGAGGAGCCGGAGCCUUUGGAUCUCACCCAGCUGAACAUCGAGGCGAGCGUGAUGUGUCUGGUCAGCAAGCUAAAGUUCUUCUGCGGCCACUGCGACAGUCCGGCCAUCCGGCUGCGCCAGCCCAAGGCUCCGGCCAAGCGGAGGGAGGGAUUCACUGUGGCCCCACAACAGCAGGCACCCGAUGUGAUCGUGGCCCCACCUCCCAAGCUGGAGCCGGAGGAAGACGCAAUGCCGGCCAUCAAGAAGAAGGGCAACAAGUUCACCGACGGCCUGGAUCUCUCGCUGACCACCGACUGGGAGGCAGAGCUGCGGCCCAGCAUGCGCAAGCUGCGCCAUGCCAUGGACCGUCUGCUGAAGACCGCCCGGCUGAUACACUCCGUGCAGAGGCUGCAGCAGGACGUGCGCUGCAACCGGCUCCAGGCGAGCAUCAUGUACCGCCGGGACGUGUGCUUCUCCCAGGCGUUAACCUCGCUGGUCACCGCUUUGAUGCUUCGGCUAUGGGGCAGCGAGCUGGACAUGGGCUAUCUGGUGAUGCUGCGGGAUCUGGGACCACUGGCCUACUUCGAGGGCCUGCUGACCCUCUAUGGCAACGAGGCGGACAUGUGGAGCGACAUGUGCAUUGCCAUUGAGGACUUGUCGGCCGUUAGCUUCCAGCUGGUGCGGGCGCAGGGCGAUGCCGCAUUGGCGCCGAUGCCACGGAUCACGGGCUCCCGACAGGCACUGGAGGUGCAGCUGCCAGUGCCGGAGCACUCGCUGCCGGGCAAUGGUACCUCCUCCUCCAUUUCGUUCAAGGUCACGCCCGUCUUCUUCAACAUCGGCAUCAACGAGAAGGCCAGCUUUGCGGAGACCCUGGGUCAGACGCGGGAGCAACAUCGCUCCAACUGGGACAACUACCUGGUGCUGAGCAGGUACUUUGGACGCUACCGCAAGCUGGGUCUCGGCUCUGUCGAGUCUGGGGAGUCGCUGCGCUCCCUGCUGGGCCUGAUGGAGCAGCAGCUGCGGGCCAAUGUGUCUAAGAAUGUGAAGAUUCUGCAUUUGGCCGAGGAUGCCUGCCGUCUGAUGGACGGGCUGCGGUUCACCUCCUGCAAAAGCGCCAAGGAUCGCACCGGUAUGGCGGUGACCCUGGAGCAAUGUCGCGUCCUGGUGCGCGAGUUCCAGUUGCCGGCCAAGCAUGUGCCCUACGCCCUCAGCACGAUGAGGAGUGAGGGCACUCGCAUGGAAAACGUACUCAAGAACAUCGGCAAGCGAAAGUAUGCCUUCAACCGGACUCAGGUGUCCUUUCUGCCAGCCGUUUAUAGGCCGCCCGUUGGCAGCUAUGGCAAAGCGCAAACUUAAUGAUCUACCGAGUACUUAAUGCUCUGCAAACCGGACCUUGUGAUUAAACGAAACCGAAUAGAAAUCCAGUAUCGAAACAUAGAUGAAAAGCUGUGCCAAAAAUCAAACAAAUUAGCGGAGAAUCUACCACAUAUAUCUUCCUUCCGGACAAUUGUUAAGCGCUUCACAUGAUUCUAAUCCGAACGAACCCUUCUUCCCGUAUUUACACUUAGGCUAUAUAUAACUAUAACCACGUAGCAAGGCAAAACGAACAUGUACUUCCAGUGAAUAAUAAUAAAAAAAUACAACUUGUUAA